GGGCAGGGCGGGGAGCGGGAGCUGGGGCAGGCCGUGGCCAACUCUUUGUCCCCUUGUGCCGCCCGGCAGCAGACGGAGAAGUCGCUGAGCAGCAUGCUGGACAAGAAGGCGGUGGGGACGCCCGUGACGGCGCCGGGCUCCAGCUUCGCGCCGGGCUUCCUGCGACGGCACUCCACCAGCAACUUGCCGGCCCUGGCCGCGCCGUCCUCCAAGUUCCCUGGCUCGUCGGGCUCCAGCUCGCCGUCCUCCUCGUCGUCCUCGUCGUCCUCGUCGUCCUCGUCGUCCUUCGGUAGCCUGAAGGAGGCGGGCUCGGGCGGCGGGAGCCCGACGGCGCUGCUCAACAAGGAGAACAAGUUUCGGGACCGGUCGUUCAGCGAGACGGGCGAGCGCAGCCAGCACCUCAUGCAGCAGCUCCAGCAGCAGCAGGGCGGGAAGGGCGGAGGGGGCGGGGGGGCGCCCAUCAACUCCACGCGCUACAAGACGGAGCUGUGCCGCCCCUUCGAGGAGAGCGGCGCCUGCAAGUACGGCGAGAAGUGCCAGUUCGCGCACGGCUUCCACGAGCUGCGCAGCCUCACGCGCCACCCCAAGUACAAGACGGAGCUGUGCCGCACCUUCCACACCAUCGGCUUCUGCCCCUACGGCCCACGCUGCCACUUCAUCCACAACGCGGACGAGCGCCGCCCCGCGCCUCAGCCCGCGCCCCCCGCCAACCCCCCCGGGCCCGCGGGCAGCUGCCCCUGCCCAGCGCCGCCCGCCUCGCCGCCCUUCAGCUUCCAGCCGCUGCGCCGCCGCCUGCCCGACUCGCCCGUUUUCGACGCGCCGCCCAGCCCUCCGGACUCGCUCGGCUCCGACCGCGACAGCUACCUGAGCGGUUCGCUCAGCUCCGGCAGCCUCAGCGGCUCCGAGUCGCCCAGCCUGGACUCAGGCAGGCGCCUGCCCAUCUUCAGCCGCCUCUCCAUCUCGGACGACUGAGGAGCAGGGCAGGGGGCGACGCACGGACUGCCGCCGCCGCCGCCUCCCGGGAAACAGCCAAGCUCGCACACGCGGUCCCUCUGGGCUCUGAAGGGGAGGGGGGGGGGUGUUUUCUCUCUCUCCUUUUUUA